AUGGGGUUGCUGCAUUUAGGGAAGAGGGGAGAUUUGAAAGUAAAAGUGAGAAAUGGCUUCGAGAGCAAUGUUGAGAAGGAAGAGAAUCGUCAAGGAUGGCAUCAUCUCGCACAACCCCUGGGUUCUAGUGGCUUGGGCAGCGGCGGACCUAGAAAUUUUUCAACGGAGGAGCCAAACUCGGCCAAUCCAGAAGGAGGAGAAAGUGAAGCUGCAGUUUCAAAGCCCAAGGCCACAACCGCCCAGCUUGCACUUAUUUUUGGGCUCUGGUACUUCCAGAACAUUGUCUUUAACAUUUACAACAAGAAGAUAUUAAAUAUUUUCCCAUUUCCAUGGCUUCUUGCUUCUUUUCAGCCCUUUGCUGGGUCUGUUUGGAUGUUGGUUCUCUGGUCUUUGAAGCUCCAACCAUGCCCCAAAAUAUCAAAACCAUUCAUAGUUGCACUCCUUGGACCUGCAUUGUUCCACACAAUAGGCCACAUCUCAGCAUGUGUCUCAUUCUCUAAGGUGCCUGUUUUCUCGGUUGUCUUUUCGUCGUUCCUAGGCGAUUCCAACCCUUUACAGGUCUGGCUUUCAAUCCUCCCUAUUGUCUUGGGUUGUUCUCUAGCUGCAAUUACUGAGGUGUCAUUCAAUUUCCAAGGCCUGUGGGGUGCGUUGAUUAGCAAUGUUGGGUUUGUGUUGAGGAAUAUUUACUCAAAACGCAGUUUACAGAACUUCAAGGAGGUAGAUGGGUUGAAUUUGUAUGGUUGGAUCACUAUACUUUCACUCCUCUAUCUGUUUCCUGUGGCUAUUUUUGUUGAAGGGUCUCAAUGGGUUCAAGGGUAUCACAGAGCUAUUGCAACUGUAGGAAAACCAUCCACAUUUUAUAUAUGGGUGUUGUUAUCUGGCGUGUUUUACCAUCUCUAUAACCAGUCAUCUUAUCAGGCUCUUGAUGAAAUUAGCCCCUUGACAUUUUCAGUUGGAAACACAAUGAAGAGAGUGGUGGUAAUUGUAUCUACUGUGUUGGUGUUCAGAAAUCCAGUUAGACCUCUUAAUGCCCUUGGAUCCGCCCUUGCGAUAUUUGGGACUUUCCUGUAUUCACAGGCAACAGCAUCUAAAAAGCAAAAGGGCGGUGAAAAGAAGAAUUGAACAUAGUUUUUACUUGGUCUGCUUCAAGUGUAUUAUUCUUUGAUCUGGUAAAAUUUGUGAUUUGCUCUGG